AUGACAUUCGUCAAUGAGAAGGAUGAAACUCAUAAUUUUACAAACGGUUAUCGCUUGUUGAAACCGUUAUGUUCUAUUAACAGAUCAAUAUUAAAAAUUGGCAAUCUGAUGUUGAAUUAUGCUAAUUCAGAAGAUAGUAGUACGGUUUGUCCGCAGCAACAUUGGACUGAAAUUAUAACAAUAUUGAUACGUUUAUUGAAUUUAGGCGAACAACUCAGCGUUUAUACAAUACGAAAAUCAACUGAUUUCGAAGACGAAUAUGAACGAUUCUAUUUCUAUAUUCUGUUGGCUGUUGGUAGCGCUACAAUCAUUGACUUUUUGUUUAAAAAUAAACUAUACAAAAUAUACUUGUCGAUUUUAGUUGAUAUUGGUGAACUCAUAGCAUAUUUAUUACUACUAGAACGUACAUCAUCCUUAUAUAUUACUGUGUUUAGUUUCUUUGGUGCCGAAAUAGUUCUACAUAUAUUCAAUAUUUAUUUAAUCGUAACUGAUCCACAUCAGCCCCAACAACAAGUCAGUUAUGGAUCAAUUAAAAUCAAAGAACUUAUUGGCAUGCUUAUUUUUCGUUUGUUUGUCUAUACUCUUACGAACUUGGGUCAAUUACUAUAUUUAUUUCUUCCAAAAGCAUCUACAUUUCGUCAUCGGUACUAUGAAAUAUUAACAAUAUUUAGUUUAUUUAUUGGAAGCAUUGCAUUUGAUUCAAUGUUAGAUGUUCUAAAGUAUGUGAAAAAAAUAAAACGUGUUAAUAGACAAAGCUUUAUCGGUCUAAUCCUUGAUUUUAUUAUUAUUCCUUUAUCAUUAAUUAUUCUUGGUAGUUUAGAACUACGCUCUAAGAGUUUAUUGAAUUAUGAUCGUGGUGUUUAUAUGUAUUGUAUUAUGAGCGGUGCUACUAUGAUUAUACUAUUUCUGACAAUUAUCGUUUGUUUUUUUAAACUUUUUUUUCUCACAAAAGAAAAUGAGGAUCAACAGUCGGAAGAAACACGACUCUUAGCUGCUGAAACCUCUUCUUUAUCAUGUUAGAUUUUAGAUUCAUUUUUUAUCUAUCGACAACAGAUGCCUAGCACUCGUGCUGAUACCAGUUGCAUGCAAUAAAUCACAGUUCACAUCACAACAUUUAAUGGCUGAGCACUUAGGCACAUAUUAAAGCAUGUUGGUAUUGAAGUUUUGUAUUUUUCUCAUUUAUGUCUGGUUUUAACUUCGGCUGCGAAUUACAGAAAUUGUAUUAAAUUCUCGUUCAGCUUGCUUAUGAACUUCGUUUAUCAAAAACUGUCCAACAUACUGCACUCGAAUUUUUAUCGAUGAUAGUAAGAUACCGAAAUUUUGCACAAUUUUCUUCUUCGCGGCUUGUCCAGCUAACGGCGUCCAUGUUUUGCUCUACUUCUUUUUUUACUUCUUUUUUUUAUUGCAAUAAAGCUACAAACUAAUCUAAAACGGCAACUAGAUGAUUAAGUAGAUUAAACAUUUCUCUACAAAAUGAAAAGUGUCU